AUGCACCGAGUACCCGCUCUGCGUCUCUCUGCUGCGCGACCAACCGCCCUCGUCUCCCCCGCCGCCCUCCGCAACUUCUCGUCGACGUCCUCAUCGCACUUGGUUCGGACAGCCCUCUCUGCACCGCGACCACCUCAAGCAGCCGCCUUGACUGUGCAGUGGAGUCAACGGACGGCGUUUGACGGACUGGCGCUGCACCGAAGAGGGCUGGCGAGCUCUGCGGUCCGACUAGCCCCCAACUCGACCUCGUCCUCCUCUCACCAGUCCUCACGCUCGUCGUCCUCCUCCUCUUCCUCCGGCCAGUCCUCCUCAUCCUCCUCCUCGUCCUCCGAAGACCCUUCCAAGAUCCCCCUCACGCAAAAGAUCAAGUACCUCUUCCGCAAACACGGCUGGACUGCCCUCGCCGUUUACCUCCUCCUCUCAGCCAUCGACUUCGGCCUCUGCUUCGUCGUCAUCUACGCUGUCGGAGCCGACCGGGUCCGAGAAGCCGAAGACUGGGUCCUCGACCAGCUCAAGUGGAAGCGCUCGCCCGAGGCGGCCGUGCCCGGCGAAGAAGGGCGGUUGAGUCGAGCGUAUCACGAGAUCAAAGAGUUCAAGGACCAACACACGCGGCACCGCAUCAAGGGUCCUGAGGCGCACCCGACGCCCGAGGCGGCACAGGCAGCUGCGGAGGGUAAGGACGCGGCGACGGUUGCGGCCGUCGACAAGGAGAGCAAGAAGGAUUACUCGGCGCUCGCGACGACGGCUAUCUUGGCCUAUGCGAUUCACAAGACCGCACUGUUGCCGUUCAGGGUCGGCGUCACGUUCGCUAUCACGCCCAAGGUCGUGCGGAUGUUGCAGGGCUGGGGCUUCAAGGUUGGGUACGCAGCGGGUGCGCCUCCCGUCGCAGCGGGGGCAGCAGCAGGUGCAGCGAGCAAGGCCUCGUCGUAG